ACUCCCCUCAGGAGGCCCGUGCGUCCGCGCGGCCGGGAGGUGCGGUGUCGGGGUGGUGAGUCCCGGGCCGGGAGGCCGGGGUACUGGCCGCCGCCAUCUUGCCCGUGUGCGGACCCCGCGGCGGGAGGGGCGGCGAGCGGGCCGGAAGCGGCUGUGCAGUGGCAGUGCUGCCUCCUCAGGUCGGUGAGUGCGGCUCGGGCCGCGUGUCCGCUCUCCCGACGGGGAGGCCCGGGUUGAGGGCGCCGGGGCCGCCGCGAGGGGCCUGGGAAAGCCCAGUUGAAAAGCCAGGGCCGCGGGCGACCCGGGAGCCUCCUCGGAGCCGAGGCCCGUGGCGUCGCGAUCCGCGCAGCGGGAUGAGCGCGACGGCCGGCCAGGCCUCAGAGGGACCUGAGGCGCGAGGGACCUUCUCCCGGGCCCUGGGUCCGCGCCGCAGCCUGCACCGCGGCGCGUUCGUGCGGAAAGGCGCCCUGGCCUGGAAGACAGGCUCAGCCAGGUGGCUGGAGCGUGGGAGUCGCCCUCAGAUCCCUGAUUGACCCGGAAUAGCAACAAGCCGUGCCAGUUGUGCUGUUAAAUACUUCUUCAAGGGCCUGUCACCGGGUUAGCUGUGUUCUGUGCAACAUACCAGUAAUGAAAAUGCGUAAGAGGAUGGAAUAAAACGUCUCACAUAAACCAAGAACCGUGCUAAAUUGCUUAACAAAUGACUGCAGGCCUUUCGUAUAACCAUAUUUUAAGAGAAGUGUGGAUACACAUUGCAUCUCCUGGAAGAUUUUCAGUGAAUGGAUCUGACUGGACUCUUUGAGCACAUCAAUAAACAUGAGUGGGACCAAACCCGAUAUAUUGUGGGCACCACACCAGGUUGAUAGAUUUGUCGUAUGUGACUCAGAACUGAGCCUUUAUCAUGUGGAAUCUACUGUGAAUUCAGAACUCAAAGCUGGAUCUUUACGUUUAUCUGAAGACUCUGCAGCUACAUUACUAUCAAUAAAUUCAGAUACACCCUACAUGAAAUGUGUUGCCUGGUAUCUCAAUUAUGAUCCUGAAUGUCUCCUAGCAGUUGGACAAGCAAAUGGUCGUGUGGUUCUUACAAGUCUUGGUCAAGAUCAUAACUCAAAGUUCAAAGAUUUGAUAGGAAAAGAAUUUGUUCCAAAACAUGCACGACAGUGCAAUACUCUUGCAUGGAAUCCAUUGGAUAGUAACUGGCUUGCUGCUGGUCUAGAUAAACAUAGAGCUGAUUUUUCAGUACUGAUAUGGGAUAUCUGUAGCAAAUAUACUCCUGAUAUAGUUCCCAUGGAGAAAGUCAGACUUUCAGCAGGUGAAACUGAAACAACAUUAUUAGUCACAAAACCACUUUAUGAAUUAGGACAGAAUGAUGCUUGUCUCUCUCUUUGUUGGCUUCCACGAGACCAGAAACUUCUGCUUGCUGGUAUGCAUCGUAACCUAGCCAUAUUUGAUCUUCGGAAUACAAGCCAAAAGAUGUUUGUUAAUACAAAAGCUGUUCAGGGGGUGACAGUAGACCCAUACUUCCAUGAUCGUGUUGCUUCCUUCUAUGAAGGUCAGGUUGCAAUAUGGGAUCUUAGGAAAUUUGAGAAGCCUGUUUUGACUUUGACUGAGCAACCAAAACCCUUAACAAAAGUAGCAUGGUGUCCAACCAGGACUGGUCUGCUUGCCACUUUAACAAGGGAUAGUAAUAUUAUUAGAUUAUAUGAUAUGCAGCACACGCCCACUCCCAUUGGGGAUGAAACUGAACCCACAAUAAUUGAAAGAAGUGUGCAACCUUGUGACAAUUACAUUGCUUCCUUUGCUUGGCAUCCAACAAGUCAAAAUCGAAUGAUAGUUGUAACUCCCAACCGAACAAUGUCUGACUUCACGGUUUUUGAAAGGAUAUCUCUUGCCUGGAGCCCAAUUACAUCUUUAAUGUGGGCUUGUGGUCGUCAUUUGUAUGAAUGUGCAGAAGAAGAAAGUGAUAAUUCUUUAGAAAAGGAUAUAGCGACAAAGAUGCGCCUUCGGGCUUUAUCAAGAUACGGACUUGAUACAGAACAGGUGUGGAGAAACCAUAUUUUAGCUGGAAAUGAAGAUCCACAGCUCAAGUCACUCUGGUAUACUCUGCACUUUAUGAAGCAGUAUACAGAAGAUAUGGAUCAGAAAUCUCCAGGCAACAAAGGAUCAUUGGUUUAUGCAGGAAUUAAAUCAAUUGUAAAAUCAUCUUUGGGAAUGGUGGAAAGCAGCAGACACAAUUGGAGUGGGUUAGAUAAGCAAACUGAUAAUCAGAAUUUAAAUGAAGAGAGAAUCUUAGCUUUACAGCUUUGUGGGUGGAUAAAGAAAGGAACAGACAUAGAUGUGGGGCCAUUUUUGAACUCCCUUGUACAGGAAGGAGAAUGGGAGAGAGCUGCUGCUGUGGCUUUGUUCAACUUGGAUAUUCGACGAGCAAUCCAAAUCCUGAAUGAAGGGGCAUCUUCAGAAAAAGGUGAUCUGAAUCUCAAUGUGGUAGCAAUGGCUUUAUCCGGUUAUACGAAUGAGAAGAACUCCCUUUGGAGAGAAAUGUGCAGCACUCUGCGAUUACAAUUAAACAACCCCUAUCUGUGUGUCAUGUUUGCAUUUCUCACAAGUGAAACAGGAUCUUAUGAUGGAGUGUUGUAUGAAAACAAAGUUGCUGUACGUGACAGGGUGGCAUUUGCUUGUAAAUUCCUUAGUGAUAAUCAGUUAAACAGAUACAUCGAAAAGUUGACCAAUGAAAUGAAAGAUGCUGGAAAUUUGGAAGGAAUAUUGCUUACAGGCCUUACUAAAGAUGGAGUGGACUUAAUGGAGAGCUAUGUCGAUAGAACUGGAGAUGUCCAAACAGCAAGUUACUGCAUGUUACAGGGUUCUCCUUUAGAUGUUCUUAAAGAUGAAAGAGUUCAGUAUUGGAUUGAGAAUUAUAGAAAUUUAUUAGAUGCCUGGAGGUUUUGGCACAAACGAGCUGAAUUUGAUAUUCAUAGAAGUAAGUUGGAUCCCAGUUCCAAGCCUUUAGCACAGGUGUUUGUGAGUUGCAAUUUCUGUGGCAAGUCUAUAUCCUAUAGCUGUUCAACUGUGCCUCAUCAGGGCAGAGGUUUUAGUCAGUAUGGUGUCAGUGGCUCACCAACGAAAUCUAAAGUCACAAGUUGCCCUGGCUGUCGAAAACCCCUUCCUCGAUGUGCACUUUGCCUCAUUAAUAUGGGAACACCUGUUUCUAGCUGUCCUGGAGGAUCCAAAUCAGAUGAAAAAGUAGACUUGAGCAAGGACAAAAAAUUAGCUCAAUUUAACAACUGGUUUACAUGGUGUCACAAUUGUAGGCAUGGUGGACAUGCUGGACAUAUGCUUAGUUGGUUCAGGGACCAUACGGAGUGUCCUGUGUCUGCAUGCACAUGUAAAUGUAUGCAAUUGGAUACCACAGGGAAUCUGGUACCUGCAGAGACUGUUCAGUCAUAAAUUAUCACCUAAAGAGGAACCUUCAAAUAUGAAGCUUUCUAAUAGAUGUCCUUCAUAGCUCAAAAACAUACCUCAGAACAAAUCACUCAUGACUUUCCUGUAAUGGGAAAAUAAAUCAUUCUAUCAAAUCAUCAA